AUGGCAGCCUCCGUGGAGACUCACCGUCGCCCACACCCGCAGCCUGUGAUGAACGACAACCAGCACAGCCACCGGUUUCACCACCCCACCGUCUGGGCGGACUUCUUCCUUGGUUUCAGGCCAUUCACUCCUACGCAGUGUCUUUCCAUGAAAAACAAGGCUGAAGUAAUGAAAGAAGAGCUGAGGGCGACAAUAAUAGAUUCGGGUUCUGUUGAUCUGCCUCGGAAGCUUGAGCUUGUCGAUACUUUACAGCGGCUUGGUUUGGACUACCACUAUACGAAGGAGAUCAAUGAUUUGUUGUGUGGGAUUCAUGAUGCCGGCGAUGAAACCCGCGAUCUUCACACGGCAGCCCUUCGAUUUUAUUUGCUUAGGAAACAGGGAUUGAAUGUUUCACCAGAUGUAUUCCAAAAGUUCAUAGAUGACAAAGGAAAGAUUACCUGCAAUGACACAAGAAGCCUCUUGUGCAUGUACAACGCUGCCCAUGUUCGGACACAUGGUGAAGAAACACUCAGCAGCGCAAUGGCUUACAUAAAAGGCCAUCUCCAGCAUGCCGCGGAGCAACAAACAAUUCCACCAUCAAUAUUGCUCGAUCAGGUGCGGCGCACUCUGGAAACGCCUCUUUUCAGGAGGCCUCGAAGAGUUGAAGCGCGGCACUUCAUCUCAGUUUAUGAGAGAAUCAGUACAAGGAAUGAUGCCAUUUUGGAGCUUGCAAAGCUGGAUUUCAGUAUUCUGCAAGCUCUCUACUGUGAGGAGCUGAGGACUCUUACUCUGUGGUGGAAAGAACUGCAACUCCAAGACCAUUUGAGCUUCGCACGAGACAGGAUGGUGGAGAUGCACUUUUGGAUGCUAGGAGUUUUAUUUGAGCCACAAUAUUCAUACGGACGAAUAGUGCUCACAAAGUUCUUUACAUUUAUAUCGAUAUUCGAUGACAUUUACGACAGCUACAGCACCUUAGAAGAAAGCAGGCUCCUCACCAUGGCGAUGGAAAGGUGGGAUGAACAAGCCGCUGAACACCUCCCAGGUUACAUGAAGUUCUUCUAUAGUAAAGUACUUGCUACGAUGAAGGUCAUCGAAAAAGAUUUGGAUAGUCAAGGAAACAAGCAUGCAGACUAUGUAAAAAAGCUACUAAUCGAUGCUACGAAAUGCUACUACAAUGAGGCAAAAUGGCGUGAGGAAAGCGGCACACCUGUUACUGUGGAGGAGCACCUGCGAUUCUCAGUGCCUAGCAGUUGCUGCAUGCAUGUUGCAUGCCUUGCCUUCGUUGUCAUAGGAGCGAGCGGAGACGCCAUUGAGUGGGGCAUGACCUAUCCCAAAAUCAUGCGAGCUUCUUGUGUCAUCGGCCGUGUCAUCAACGAUGUGGCUUCCCAUGAGCGAGAACAAGAACAGUGCUCUAGCGAGAGAUCUGUGAUGUCAACGGUGGAAGCAUGCAUGGAGGAGAACAACUACACUGCAAAGGAAGAUGCAUACAAAAAGCUCACGGAUCUCAUAGAGGAGUCAUGGAUGGACAUCAGUGAGGAGCUCCUCAAGCCAGCUGCCAUGUGGCUGGCAGCGCCGCUCCUCCAGGCAGUGGUGAAUUCGACACGGAUGUUGGACUUCUUGUACAAGGAUCAAGACGCGUACACCGAUCCACGAGCUCUCAAAGUGGUAGUAGAUUCUAUAUAUGUAAAUCCUAUAUAG